AUGGUCGGAACGCGGAGUUCACGCCAGCCAUCAGUAACUAAUCUUGUCCAUCUACCUUCCAGCGGUCAGUCUGCAAGGGACAGGGACGAAUCCGUGAUCGAGACCAUGUCGCGCACCGUCAAGAUGGAGGCAGCUUCCCAAGCUUUAUCGCAAGCCGACCACCAGAGCCGCUCCAGUAAGUCUGAGAUCUUGACGAUAAAUACUUCGCUAACAGACAAAGCCACUGCACUCCCCGACAACAUUGCCAUCGAAAACCUUGGACGUGGCGUGAAAGAACUCGUUCAGGCGAUAAACAAGAUCGAACAGCUCGGCAUCACCAAGGUCGCCGGUGACACGCCCAAAAUAGUCGUUAUUGGCGACCAAAGCACAGGAAAGAGCUCCGUCAUUAACGCCAUCUCCGGAAUUCAGGUCCCUCGCAGUAGCGGAACUUGCACCCGCUGCCCCAUGCAAAUCACCUUGACGGAAAACAAGGAGACGAACGCCCGUUGGCGUUGUGACGUGUCGCUCCGGCGAGAGUUCUUCUACGAUACCCGGGCCUCUUACUUGCCCUCUGGCAAGCCGCCACCUUUCUUCCCAUGGGGGGAGCUCGACCAACCAGAGACCUUACUAUUCAAGACUGUGUCCGAUAAGAAACAACUUCAACAUGUUAUUUACAAAGCCCAACUAGCAACUUUGAACCCGGGAUCCGACCCGCUGACAUUUGUCCCGUUUCAGCCAUCCACAGACAUUGGCGGCGGUCAGUACGAGGUCGAGUUCUCUCCCAACUUGGUGUGUUUGGAGAUAUCUGCGCCUGGACUUCCUAACCUCUCAUUCUAUGACUUGCCCGGCGUCAUCAGUCAGACGGAGAACAUGGAGGACCUCUCCCUCAUCAAGCUCGUUAAACAGUUGGUCAAGCGCUACGUCUCGAAAGACAACGCUCUCGUUCUCCUAGCCUGCUCUAUGGAAAAUGACAUACAGAAUUCCAGUUCCGCUGGGCUUCUACGGAAAUACGGCGCUAUCGACAGGUGUCUUGGAAUCCUCACGAAGCCAGAUCGUCUACCCCGUGGAGACCCGGUCGAUCGUUGGGAGGAUAUCCUGCGAGGCGAGUCAUUCCAGCUCGGUCAUGGAUACCAUGUGGUCAUCAACCCAUCUCAAGCGGAACUCGAUAAAGGCAUGGACCACGCAGCUGCACGUGCUAAGGAGACAGAAUGGUUCUCGAAGAUGAAGCCGUGGGCUGAUCGUUUCCUUCAAUUCAGCGACCGCUUUGGGACCGAGAAGCUCCAAGAUAAGCUGUCGCAGAUGUUAGCCAUUCAGAUCUUGAAGAGUUUGCCAAGCAUACAUGAGCGUGUCCAGGAGCAACUCUCCAAGAUAGAUGCGGAACUUGCGCAUCUCCCGGAGCCGCCAACGACAGACGCUCUCCGGAUCGUCUCGGACACGAUCAACAAGUUCACCGACAAAAUCUCGAAACAAAUGGAAGGUGAUUAUCCUGAAAACGAGUUCCGCUUAGUGUGGAAAUCCCUCCGCAAUGAGUUCCGAGAUGGAAUAACUGCGCAGCGACCCACUAUGCUCGUCAAGACACCUCGUGAUGUUCAGCAUGCCAAGGCCAGAUCGAACUCCGUCAUGAUGCAGAACCAGAGCCAAAGUACGAGUCAAGCAUCCUCAUCCUUUUCAAGGCCGAGAGACGUCAUUUCCAUCGAUGACUCUGAUAACGAGCGGGCCCCCAGUGUCCAACCUACACCAACCAAGAAGAGGAAACUGCCUUCCGACAGCACUCCUUCGCGUCGUGGAGGACCCGGCAACCAAUACACCAAAAGGUUUGAUCUGGAGGAAAUCCAGCAGACCUUGAAUGAGAAGUCUUCCUCGGACAUUCCGGGGGAAAUUGACCCGAAGGCCCUAAAUUACCUUCGACUGAAGACCUUGGAAAGCUGGAAGCACCCCACAAAGGAGUUCUUAGAGGGUCUGCACUUAGCGCUCCGCAAUACUCUCUACCAGGCUUUGGACGACACGCUGGCGAAAUGGAGGACGACGGAGUUGUCGAGGGAGACGUCUCGGUUGUCGGAAAACUUCCUUGACGCUGCAUUCAUUGAGCAGCGGGACCGCGCUGCCCCUAGAGCUUUGAGGCUCGAGCUGUACAAGCCAAUCACGGAAAACGCGACCGCACUUGAGUACAACGAGAAGCAGGAGUUGGAAAUUUUCCAGAACGCAAGGAUCCAGGCGCGCACCACUAUGUACUUUGAUGCGCUGGACGCCACCACCGGCAAGACGACUUCGAAGACAGAGCGCCAACGCAAGGCGAAUGACUUGAACUUCCGCUUUUCAGUGCUUGGUCCGGACCCCUUCUCCAGGGAGGUCGAGGCAAUGUCGAAGAUACGCGGAUACUACAACAUUGCUUCCAUGCGCUACGUUGAUACCGUAGUCAUGGGCAUUCAGGCCGAACUCUUCGAAAAGUUGAAGGAAGGAUUGAAAGAUGAGCUGGUCAACGUUCUUGGAAUUUUCGGCGAGAACAACCAGGACACCUGCGCGCGUUUGCUUGCAGAAGACCCCGCUCGCGAGAUGCGCCGACGUGGGCUGAAGGCGGACAGGGAAAAGCUGGUUGCAGCGCUUGACUGUCUACAAGAGUUGGACCAGAAGUACCAGGGUGGCACUCCGACCACUGUGUCCUCCGCUAACGGUACGACCGGCUCCGGAUCUGCCGUCGCUGGUCCAUCGCGCACCAUUGUCCACGAUGAGGAUGAUGACGAUAUGACUGAAGCCUGA